AAUAUGGUUUUCCCUUUGUAUCCAGUUAAUUUAACUACACUGAUUUACGAAUACAAUUUAACUAAUAUUCAACGAUCAAUUUACACUUACAUGAUACUUGAUGGUUUAUCUUAUUGUCAUUCACAAUCAAUUAUUCACCGAGACCUGAAACCAAGUAAUUUACUGAUUGAUUGGUCAGGGAUACUUAAAUUGGCCGAUUUUGGUCAAGCUCGACUUUUACCACAAUCAGCUAAUUGUGAUCAACAGUUGACUCCAGCUAAAGGUUUUAAUCUUAAUCAUGGUGAUCAGUUAACUUACUUAUCAUCAUCAUCAACUUCAUCCAAUCAACAAUCAACCAAUUGUUUAUUAUCUCAUCAAGUUUGUACUCGUUGGUAUCGUCCACCUGAACUAUUGUAUGGGUCAAAUGAUUACGAUUGGUCAAUUGACCUGUGGUCAGUUGGCUGUAUUGUCAGUGAAAUGAACUCUAAAUGGCCUCUAUUCAAAGGUGAAUCUGAUAUUGAGCAAUUAUGUUUGGUUGUUAAAUCGUUGGGUCAACCACCAAUUGAUUGGGCAAGUAAAAUGCCUGAUUACAAUAAAGUGAUUAUCGUUUUUGAUCAAAAUUCAAACCAAUUAACUUGGUAUGAAAAGUUUUAUUCAUCUUGUCAGGAUCCAUUAGCUGUUGAUUUUAUUAGACAAUUAAUUAAAUAUCAACAUCGACCGACAGCUAAUCAAAUGAUGGAUCACUCGUAUGUAUCAUCGGCAGUUUGUAUGAUCAAUGAGAAAGGCUCGUUUGAUGAACGAUUUUUAACUAGCCCCCAAUCGAUACGACAAUUAGUUGGCCCUCCAAAUCAAAAAGAAUCCAACAAUUAGCAAGAUUUCUCUGACCAAGAGCGUUUGUCCAAUUUUCGUCCGAGCAAAUAUAACGUGGGGCAAGAAUUUGGUGUUGAAAAUUACAAUUCGCUUUGUGAAGAAACUCUGAUAGUCCCUCGUCAUUUUGAUUAAUUGAAAAUCUAAUUCUCAUUCUAAGAU